AUGGACGACGGAAUGGAUGAUACGGACUUUCGCUUCUUUGACACUGACACGGAGCCCGGCACGCGGGCCAGAAAAGCGGCCGUGCCGAGAGAGACCGGCGGCGAUGACGACUUUGAGUGUUGUUUAAGACCACCAUCUGCUCUAGAUCUUGAUUCGGGAGAUGUGGAAGCGUGGCACCCCUAUAUUCGGGAACGCUUAGAUCAGCUCGAGGACAUCAUCCGUCAUUUCCGGAUCCUCUCGGAGCAGCAAAGAACUACCAACGAACUCACAAAUACUAUCCGACUGUCUCUUCACGAGAGCCUCGUCAUGCGAGUGCACUCGGCGGGCGCAGAGUUGAAUUUUGCCUUGGGACAAACCGAUGAAAAUAGAUAUAACUUCCCAAUGAUGGACAAAGCCAACUCAGAGGCCCUGACAACAUGGCGUACGCAGUGGCAGAAGCGCAGGGCGCUACGUGGGUUAGUCAAGGAAGCCUCAAAAGCCCUCAGCGAUUGUUACAGAAGUUUGUCAACCGAGAUUGAUGCCGGAUUGAACUCGAUUGUUGAGUUGGACAUGCCCGCGAGGCUGGAGUCCGCCCGUCAGAAGCUGGAACAAGCCAUCAGUUCACAGGGAAGCAGGAGGGUCAGAUUCCCUCCACGCGUGCGACGUGAAAACUCAGAUAGGCGCCAGAAAGGAGAGACAUCAUAG